AUGAUAGGACCCGAAUUCAAUAUAACACACCCGUCGAUCUACCGUACUUCAACUGCAAACCCAUUUAUACUUGCAGGCCUAGUGUAUGAAUCAAUUCCGCAUUGGGUCCGUCGAUAUGCCCGUCUCCGACCCGAUUACUCAUUCCCAUCAACAUUGAUCUCUGAUUUCAAAAAAAUUUCUCUUUCCAAUGCCGAACUUUACACUGUCCUCAUCCUGGCUGCAUUCUUCACAAUUUUCCGUUAUUAUUUGCAAAUUCGAUUAGAGUCAUGGACCCAACAACACAAUAUCUAUCCCAGGUUUGCACACAAGGUUCCAGAAUCAUUCUGGAAAUUGACUUAUUAUGGAACCGUCUGGAUCUUUGCAUUUUAUUUUCACAUGUGUGUCGAGUCGCAUGAUAUUUUCGAGGAUCCGCUGUCAAUGUGGAUUGAAUGGGAAUCAGGCCAAAAACCCAAAAUGCACUGGCAGGUUCAAAUAAUCUAUGCUGUGCAAUCGGCGUUUUAUAUCCAUUCGAUUUAUGCGACACUUUUUAUGGAUUUGUGGAGAAAAGACUCUUGGUUGAUGUUCGUUCAUCACUUUGUCGCACUUGGAUUGUUGUUCUUGUCUUAUGUGGAUAAUUUCACACUUCCCGGAGUGCUUGUUCUAUUCCUCCAUGACAACUCAGAUGCCACUCUGGAAAUCACAAAACUCUCAUUUUAUCUCAAAAAACGAACCAAUGGCCAAUACUACAAAUACUACUUCCUAAUGGGAAACGCAGCGUUCAUCCUGUUUGCCAUCAUUUGGGUGAUAUUCCGUUUAUAUUGGUACACAUGCAAAUUACUGUAUGCCACUAUCUACGGAGCCGUUUAUUUGGGACCACAGGAUGCACCAUUUUUCCCGUUGCUUGGAGCAAUGUUGUUGAUUAUUUUUGCUAUGAAUGUCUAUUGGUUUAAUUUCAUCGCCCGAAUGAUUUGGCGUGUCGCACUGACCGGCGAAGAUCCAGAAGACAAUCGAGAGUGGGAUACGACGGCAGUUAGUGGUCUGAAUCAGCAGAAACUCGACGAGCUGGCCACCGAAAAGUGUCAUUUGAAGCCGAAGAGUGUGUAA